UUCUACACAGAUUUUGUUAUAUGUGUCCUCAUCUCCAUUCACUACAAGCUGGGAGGGGCCUCCCCCACAUACAUUAUAUAUACUACUUGUGCUGCUGUUUCGUGUGUAGUACACCGUAGCCUCCACUGCCAGUACUGCGCGCCAUCCCUCUGGUUGGCCACACUCUUCAGUGAGUCUUGUGUAGACGGCAGGAGGCGGGAGCCUGACACAGAGGACGCCGCCAUCACUUCCUUCCCGGGUCCCCUCCUCCUGCACAGCAGCCACAUGACACUGGGCUCUGCACCCUGAUCCAGCGGGGAGACAGGCGCCUCACUCCAGCCUUGUGCGCAGGACAUCGGUCCUCUCCCUCCGCUCUGGCCUCUUCCCCCGGCGGCUCCGGUCAGCUUGUAGCUCGGUCCCUGCACACCACCGCCAUGCCUAACAUCGUGCUCUUCAGCGGCAGCUCCCACCAAGAUCUCUCCCAGAAAGUAGCCGACCGCCUGGGGCUGGAGCUGGGCAAGGUGGUCACCAAGAAGUUCAGCAACCAGGAGACCAGCGUAGAGAUCGGUGAGAGCGUAAGAGGGGAAGAUGUGUAUAUCGUCCAGAGUGGCUGCGGUGAGAUCAAUGACAACCUGAUGGAACUGCUGAUCAUGAUAAAUGCCUGCAAGAUUGCAUCCUCAUCCCGAGUUACAGCGGUCAUUCCAUGUUUUCCAUAUGCUCGACAGGACAAAAAAGACAAGAGCCGGGCCCCAAUAUCUGCCAAGCUGGUGGCAAACAUGCUUUCGGUUGCCGGAGCUGACCACAUUAUCACCAUGGAUCUCCAUGCCUCUCAGAUACAGGGUUUCUUUGACAUUCCUGUAGAUAAUCUGUAUGCUGAACCUGCAGUACUCCAGUGGAUUAAAGAGAACAUCCCUGAAUGGAAGAACUGUAUCAUUGUGUCUCCCGAUGCUGGUGGUGCAAAGAGGGUAACUUCAAUCGCAGACAGACUUAACGUUGAAUUUGCACUAAUCCACAAAGAAAGGAAGAAAGCCAAUGAGGUGGAUAGGAUGGUGCUGGUUGGAGACGUAAAAGACCGGGUUGCUAUUCUGGUGGAUGAUAUGGCUGACACAUGUGGCACUAUAUGCCAUGCUGCUGACAAGUUACUCUCUGCUGGUGCCACAAAAGUUUAUGCAAUUUUAACGCAUGGAAUUUUCUCUGGACCUGCAAUUUCUCGGAUCAAUAAUGCAGCAUUUGAAGCUGUAGUCGUAACCAACACAAUCCCACAAGAAGAUAAAAUGAAGCAUUGCUCAAAGAUUCAGGUCAUCGACAUAUCCAUGAUUUUAGCAGAGGCGAUUAGAAGGACUCAUAAUGGUGAAUCUGUCUCAUACCUCUUCAGCCAUGUCCCAUUAUAAAAGAUGUGCACCUUGCAUGCAACAAUCUUCACAACAUUUUUUUAAGCAGAUUUAACCAAAAGCCAGAUAAUAAAAUGCCUGCUAGCAUUUUAAAGAAGCUGUACCCUUCUCCCCAUCCUUGGAAGCGUGUGGCUUAGCAAUGAAGAUAUUUUGAAUGCUUUCCUCCCUAUGGCAGUGCUGAAAGCAACCCCUGGGUUCAACUGGUCAUACCUUUUUGUUUUAUAUUUAAUAAAACCUUUGUGGAUAUUUUGGAUACAUAUAUGGCUGUGUACUUGCACAAGAUGAUUUUCCGGUGUAUAUUGCCGGCUAGUUUUGACACUUUGAAUGUUACCUUUUCCAGUGAAAGGCUUUGGAGUAUUAGGUUGGUUUGGAAACUAGGGAAAUAUUAUUAUAGGGCAAUAAAUCUUUUUUUGUACUGUAUGCAGUUGUUAAUAUUAGUAAGAUAUCUAGUAUAGGUUCUUUUACAAGACUGUGGGGGACUUUUAAGCGCAGUUCACAGUGUAAAAGCAAAACAAAGAAAAGCAGUAAAAAUAAAUCUAAAAAGCAUCAUCCUUAAAAAAAAAAAAA